AUGUCCCUGCAGCCGGGGCUGUCACGGCGGCUGGUCUGGGAGAAAAACCUGCGAUACAUCAACACGCACAACCUGGAGCACUCACUAGGCGUCCACACCUUCGAGCUGGCUAUGAACCACCUGGGUGACAUGACCAGCGAGGAGGUGGUGAGGACCAUGACAGGUCUCAAGGUGCCCCGGGGCCGCUCGCACCACAACGAGACCCUCUACGUCGCCGAUGGGGCCGACCGGGCACCAGCCACCGUGGACUGGAGGAAGAAAGGCUACGUAACGCCCGUGAAGAACCAGGGCCAGUGUGGGUCGUGCUGGGCUUUCAGCUCCGUGGGUGCCCUGGAGGGGCAGCUGAAGAGGAAGACGGGCAAGCUGCUCUCACUGAGCCCCCAAAACCUGGUGGACUGCGUGACCAACAACGACGGCUGCGGCGGUGGCUACAUGACCAACGCCUUCGAGUACGUCCGGCAAAACCGCGGCAUCGACUCUGAGGACGCCUACCCCUACAUCGGCCAGGAUGAGAGCUGCAUGUACAACCCCACCGGGAAGGCGGCCAAGUGCCGAGGCUACCGGGAGAUCCCUGAAGGGAACGAGAAAGCUUUGAAGAGGGCCGUGGCCAGGAUCGGCCCCGUCUCCGUGGGCAUUGAUGCCAGCCUGCCCUCCUUCCAGUUCUACAGCCGAGGUGUCUACUACGACGAGAGCUGCAACGCCCAGAACAUCAACCACGCGGUGCUGGCAGUGGGCUACGGCGCGCAGAAAGGCACCAAGCACUGGAUCAUCAAGAACAGCUGGGGCGAAGAGUGGGGCAACAAAGGCUACGUCCUGCUGGCGCGCAACAUGGACAACGCCUGCGGUGUCGCCAACCUUGCCAGCUUCCCCAAGAUGUGAGCGUUCCCAGCCCGCUCCCUGCCGGCGCCGCUGCCUGGGGCUGAGCAGCUCCUGGCUGCCCUCUGCUUCUGUGUGUUAAAACUUGGCCUUUUUACCCUCAGUCUUUCCAAAGCAGACAUCCCUGAGGGGGAAUCUCUCCCUCCCCAUAAGAAGUCUCCCCCAGAAGAGGGGAGAGGUCCCCCCAGCUGCAGAUAAACGGGGUGAUGAGUCCCCACCUCGCUCCAUUUUCCCAGGGCUUGGCGUCAUCCCCCUUCCCCUCCACCACGCGUGCCCGGUUCCUCUUUCCCCCAGCCCCAGAUGCCCGAGGCCAGGCCUGGCUGGCUCCAGAGAGUCUGCUCUGGCUGGAGACGCUCAUGCAAACAGGCCCUGUGUUGGCCUCCGCCUCCAGCAAGAGGUCGCGUGCAUAUAUGGGCAGCACUGCGCUGGCCCUGCCGCCUUUCCCGCAGGUGCGGAUCUGGUCUCACCGUGUGUCCCGUCUAUCUCCCCGCCCUCGGAGUCCCAGCAGGCUGCUGAGAACAAUACGAUUUUAUUUUUAAAAUAAACACUGUCGUCGGAAAUGAAAGCUCGGGCUGCUU